CUCUGGCGCGCGCGCUGUCGCCCUGCACGCAGACCGCCUUCGGCCAGGCGACCCCAGCGCAAGGCCGCCCGGAGCUCCCUGAGACUUGGACCCGCUGAGCCGGAGGAGGCGCCGUGGGAGUACUGAUGAAAGGACUUUCAUCUGGGAAGUAGAAGUUGCCUCUGAAUCCCUUUAGGACUCACAGAUGGAUUCAGUGGAAAAGACAACAAAUAGAAGUGAACAAAAAUCAAGAAAGUUUUUAAAAAGCCUCAUCCGGAAACAGCCCCAGGAGCUGCUCCUGGUCAUUGGGACAGGCGUCAGCGCGGCGGUGGCUCCGGGGAUCCCCGCCCUGUGCUCCUGGAGGAGCUGCAUCGAGGCCGUCAUCGAGGCCGCCGAGCAGCUGGAGGUGCUGCACCCCGGGGACGUGGCCGAGUUCCGCAGAAAGGUGACCAAGGACGGGGACCUGCUGGUGGUCGCGCAUGACCUCAUCCGGAAGAUGUCCCCGCGCACGGGCGACGCCAAGCCCAGCUUCUUCCAGGACUGCCUGAUGGAGGUCUUUGACGACCUGGAGCAGCACAUCCAGAACCCGCCGGUGCUGCAGUCCAUCCUGAGCCUGAUGGAGCGGGGCACGCUGGUCCUCACCACCAACUACGACAACCUGCUGGAGCUCUUCGGGCAGCAGCAGGGCAAGCCCAUGGCGUCGCUGGACCUGAAGGACAAGACCAAGGUGCGGGGCGGGCGCCCGUGGUGGGCCUGCGAGGGAGCCCCGUGCUGCGAUGGCGAGACGCACCGAGUCUGUGUGUGCGGCGUUUCCUUGACUGUCGCCCUGGGAGCGUCUCCCUGUCCCGAAGCCGUCUUCAGAAGCGUGGUUUUACAUGGAAUUUCAUACGAGACGAGGUUAUCAUUAUUGUCCUUCAGUGGGCACGGGGGAACAUCAGGUAUGGAGUGCUUCACAUCCACGGCUUAUACACCGACCCCUGCGGGAUGGUGUUGGACCCUUCAGGAUAUAAAGACGUCACUCAAGACCCAGAGGUCAUGGAGGUUCUCCAGAACCUGUACCGCACCAAGUCCUUCCUGUUCAUGGGCUGCGGGGAGACGCUGCGCGACCAGAUCUUCCAGGCCCUCUUCCUGUACUCGGUGCCCAACAAGGUGGAGCUGGAGCACUACAUGCUGGUGCUCAAGGAGAGCGAGGACCAUUUCUUCAAGCAGCAGGCGGACAUGCUGCUGCACGGCAUCAAGGUCGUGUCCUACGGGGACUGCUUCGACUACUUCCCAGGGUACGUGCAGGACCUCGCCGCUCAGAUCUGCAAACAGCGAAGUCCAGAUGCCGAUCGAGUGGACAGCACCACGUUGUUGGGGAAUGCAUGCCAGGACUGUGCAAAGAGGAAGUUAGAAGAAAAUGGAAUUGAAGUUUCAAAGAAACUCAGACAGUCAGACACAGAUGACGCUGGAGGGUCUUGAAAUCUUUAAAACCAAUAAAAGCCGCAACUUGAAAACCAGCCUUCUGUAACCACAGUGCCAUCCCCAACAAGGACGAAUGUUAGAGAACUCCACACAGGCUCUCUCGAUCCUAAACCAUCACAUACCCCGAGAGCUGUGCGGGUAUGUGCCCUCGGAAGCUGGGUGAGGGAGUCCGCCGUGUUGAACUGCUCGCGAGGUGACGCGCACACAGCAGGUAUCCUGUGUGAGGACUGACAAGACAGCUACCUCAGGGACCGAGGCGGUGGGCAGGGACAUACCUGGUAUUUCCCAGCUCCCAUGUGACACGCCUCUGUCAGGCAGUCCUUUUCCUCUAAUAAAAGGGGGAGAGUAAAGACUGUCCAGGCAACAGUAGUUGCCAAAGAGAAUAUAAGACACUAGACACUUAAAUUUUAUAAUUUUUGUGUGGAAACAUGUUACUGUAGAAAAAAAUUGAUGUUUGUUACAUUGUUAACUACUGAAGAACGGAUGGAUACUGGAGGCACUGAGUCAACUAGUGAGGGUGGUGUUUAACGAACGCCUAGAUCUGUGGGGCUUCUUUGGAGUUCUGUAAUCUUAGUCUGUUUUUUAAAGAAGGGCAAAUCUACUUACUACUAAGAAGUGAAGUCUCCAAGAGGCAGAAGGCCUUUUCAAAAGCACAGGGCAGUGUCCAGGUGCGUCAUGUUACAGAUACUGACGAAUCGUAAGUCAAGCACAAGACCAAGUUUUAAACUUUUAAAUACCAACCUCUCCUAGCCUUUAUUCUAUGGGGUAAGGUCCCUUUCUGUUCUUAUCUCUUUAAAAUCCUCUCCCCACGGCCCACAUUCAAGGAUUUGCACAGUGAAGACUUGACAAAGACUUGUCAGAACACUAUAAACGUCAGGGCUCAUGAGGGGCAGACAGCGUGGUAUCUUGUAGGCUGUGUACUUGUGCCCACCGAGUUGCUCUAUGACCCUGGCACCGGCUCUGCGUGGCUUCUGUCUCGAGGCUCCCAUGUUACAGCUCCCCACAGGUUUAGAGAAAGGGAAGAACAGCAAACAGGAACUUGGGAUGUGUAGGGAGUGUGAGAGAAGCCAGAGAGCUCCU